AUGGCGACAGUGCGGGCGUAUGAGGACAUCGAGGCGCGUCGCGGCCGGGAUGGUGGCGAUGUCCGGGACGUGCGCUGCUGCCGGGACGUGCGCUCCUGGGCGGAAGUCUGCGCGGCGGCUCGCGAGAGGGAGUUCAAGAUCUUGGCUCGCGAUUCGGAGAAGGCGAGGAAGGGGCGGCGCGCUGCAGAGGCGGCGGGCGAGCCGGAGGUGGCGCCAUCGCCGGCGCCGCCGCCGGUGUUCAAGACGCUCAGGGAGAAGAAGGCGGCUCAGGCGUCAGCGGAGGGCUGGGCGGCGGAGGUGGCGAGGGCCGAGGAGCUCUACGAGGAGCUGCGCGAGCGCGCGCCCCAGCACUGCCGCCGUGGCGGCAAGUGGGCGCGCGAGAAGUUCUCGGUGCUCGACGCGCACGAUGAGCAGGAUGACGCGGAGGGUGGGCACCGGGACUGGGAGGAGGACCCGCUCGGGUUCGACACCAACCCGAUGCUGCUCCGCGCCAUGUGCAUGGCGUUCGAGUGA